GCCUGCAUUCCAACCCUCAUCAAAGCCCGAAAGAGAGCAGAGGGGGAAAGAAACCCAUAAAUAAUACCAUGGUGAGAUCAGGCCGUGUUGAGGAUUGACCUAUGGAUGCACAUUCUCAGGAAUCGGCCGCAAUAGGAUUCGGAAACAGCGAAGAAACGCACGGUUGUAAUCUACUUUUGAUUUCUUUUAAGCACUAAAGCGCGACCGACAGAGGCUUGAUGGGGACCAAACAGAGACGUUUUCUUUUUCAUUUUUAAAGAGGCACGCAAGAUGGCAGAUGACAGAAACCAGUAGCGAGAUCGGCUCCGUUUCCCCUUUAAAAUACGAAGGACUGUCGGUGUAUUUUGGACGUGUAUGGGAAUAGGACAUUAAAUAUAUUUUUAUCGUCUUUUUUUCCGCUGGGCCCAAAUCAGAGGACAUGGAGACUGGCCCAGCGCGAUAGGGAAAUGAUACGAAGUGUUCUAAAUGUAGCGUUUGAGGAUACGUUCUGAAAAGCAGAUUGUUACAUGUGGUGUUUCAUUCGCUAACGCCUUGUGGAACGCUUUGAAGAGAUCAAAGUAAAGGCGCUUGGCAAUCUAGUUUUCUCUUUGGAGUUAGGAGUAUAUUGACUGGUUACAUACCAGUGUAUGUUUUCUGUAUGUCCCUUUGUUAUCAUGAGGGGGAAGUGUAGUGUUCCCGUAGUCUACACACAUACGUGUAAUAGUAUACAUGUUUAGAUCGUUAUUUUCUUUGAAUUGAAAAUAUAAAGCUACGUUUUUUUGCCGACGUAGAUGUGAAAGACGCACAUUUUUAUAUAAAGUGUAAUGCACGUAUGAGUUAUAUUGAAUGCUCACAGACGUGGUACAUUCAGAACGAUUAUAAUCCUCUUUGGGAAUAAAAUCCAUGUCAGACGCUCGCGCUGUAUAACUGUAACAUUGUCAUACAUUUAAAAAAGAACGAAUACCUCCACGUGAGAAUAAUAAUUAAUUUUCACAAGGUUUUACCACACUCUUGCUUGAGGCUGUUCUCGAAAAAAGUCCUAUCAACGUGUCUUCACUCAGUAAACCAGGAGCUGUCAGGCAGGUCGUGCAGAUGUGUCAGUAGUCUGGAUUAUUCAUAGUCGUCAUAGAUAAAUAUUGGGUUUUAAUGCUACAUAUGCGGAAUAUGAACUACUUUGUUGGCAUCUGAAGUCACAAGAAAGAAAAGUCCACUUUGGCAAUAACACAAAAUUCUCGGGACGCCUACAGUUGACACGAACAAAUGAAGAAGUGGGAGGUGUAAUUAUGUUGGCUUGAGCAAAAAAGUGUGUUGCAUGAAAGUAUAUUCUUUUGGAGUAUUAGUACUCUCAUUGGUGCAACGUUAAGGCUUCUUAGAACUUUGAUAAAAGAAGGCCCUUGUGGUUGACACUCUACCCACCACAAUUACCCAGAGACUGACAGAGGAACAUGUCUUGAUUUUAAAGAACGUACAGAACUUAAAGAAGAACACAUCACAGGGUUCUUUUAUGCCAUUUUGAAUAUCGUCUAUAAAGUUUUAGGCAAGUUGUGCACUCGAAACCCUCGAAGAUGGCAGAGAAUUGGAAAAACUGUCUUGAGGAGGAGCUUGUAUGUCCCAUUUGUUUGAAUGUCUUCUCUGAGCCAGUUCAGCUCCCGUGCAAACACAACUUCUGCCGCAUGUGUAUAAAUGAGGCCUGGUCGAAAGAUACAGGGAUGGUUCGCUGUCCAGAGUGCAACCAUGCCUACAGCCAAAAACCAACUCUGGAGAAAAACCACAAACUGUCCAAUAUUGUGGAGAAGUUCAACGCGUUGAACGUUGAGAAGACGCCAGCUGUCUUGCACUGCAUCCUGUGUCGUCGUGGUCCUCCACUUCAAGCUCAGAAGGUUUGCCUUAGGUGUAACGCACCCUGCUGCCAUUCCCACGUACAGACCCAUCUCCAACAACCAUCUUCCAAUGCUGGACACUUAUUGGUGGAUGCUGAGGACGUUCGGGCCUGGAGUUGUCCACAGCAUGACGAGUAUAGACUGUAUCAUUGUGAAACCGAGCAUGUGGCGGUCUGCCAGUACUGCUGCUUCUCCAGAUGUGCCACCAACCAUGGCCACCCCAUGUGCGAUAUAGAAGUCCGGCGUAAUGAUAUCAGACAAAUGCUGAUUAAACAGCAGGAUCGGAUUGAGGACCGGGUUCAAGACAUAGAGGAGCAACUCUACAAACUAGAAUCUGACAAAUGUCUCCUGGAAGACAAAGUGCAACACCUGAAGGAGGAGGUGCAGCUGCAGUAUCAGAAGAUGCAGCAGCUCUUAGAGGAAGAUCUGGGGAAGACCCUGGAGGUUCUGGAUAAGGCCCAUUCCAAGUUCUGCCAGGAUAACUCGGCACAGGCCCUCCAGCUUCAUCAGAAACAGCAGGAGGCCAAGAAGCUGCUCAGCUCCAUCCAGAUGGUUUUUGAUAAGGCAGAGGACAUCGGUUUUAUGAAGAAUACCAAGUCUGUGAAGAUACUAAUGGACAGGUCUCAGUCAUAUGUGGGCAGCACAUUGUCACCAUACAAAGUGGGCAGCCUCAACUCCAAACUCUUCCUGUCAGAGAUCUCUAAAAGAGAGAAAAACCUCUGCAAGAUGCUGGAAGCUCCAUUCAGUGCUCCUGCAAACUUUUUCCAGAGUAUCCCAGCAUACCUGUGCGAAAAGCGCAGGCAUUCCGUGGCGUUCCCUGAAGGAAGCGGAAGCAGCCGAGCAGGCGCUAGCUUCAUGGACUCUUCCUCUUCAUCAGGCCCUGCAGCCGCUAAGCAACCGUGCCUGAGUCUCACUCAGGGCUCUGCCCCGGGCGAGGGCCAAUCCUCCCAGCAAGCUCUAGGGCCUUGCAGCUCCGUCCAGCACGGAAGCAGCAGCUCAGCCUCUGGCUCUCAACCAUUACAGCACUCCACUUCGGUGUUCCCUCACUCCCAUUACCCAAACAGCAGCGCCUCUCAGCUGCCCCAAUACGGAGCACGGAAGAUCCUGAUGUGCACCGUUGAUAACUGUUACUGCUCAGGGGUACCCUCCGUGUCCAACCACCGUGGGCAUCCGCCCUACCCUCGCUCCAGUUCCUUCCCCUGGUCAGUGAGCUCGCAGGAGUACUCGCACGCCCCUUUGCCCUCCACCCCCGCCAUGUCCCAGCCUCUCCAGAGCCUGUCCAUGCGCGACUGGAUUGAUGCCUCGCAGUCGCACAGGCACACUGACUUCUACAGCCUGUACGGCCAGUCUUCCACCAAGCAUUAUGUCACCAGUUAACCUUUGCUCCAGUGACUGCUUCCAGUCACCAGAUGGGACGUAUUUUUCCGCUGAGACAUGUCUUAAAGGAAUAGUUCACCCAAAAAAUGAAAAGUCAUACAUUCUAAACUUGAAUGGCUUUCUUUUUUCUGUGGAACACAAAAGAGAAAAUGUAAAAAAUCUUCACGUGGCUUUUUGUCAGAUAAUGAAAAUGAAAAGUGACCCUGAUAGUAUAAGUCAACAUAACUUCUGAAAGAGAUCAUGCGGUCACAUUUUGCGAUUAAUGGAUGGAAAUAUAAGUUAUUCACUUCCAAAUACAAUAAUUUGUGUUUCACUGAAGGAAGAAAGUCACAUGUGUUUUAAGUGACAUUAGGGUGAGUAAAUGAUGAGAAUUUUCAUUUUGGGGUGAUCUGUUCUUUUAACAAGUUGCAUGUGGGGCAUUUUGUAAACAGAUCUUAUCAAUCAUUUAGAAUGAACUUCGAUGAACUGCUGAAAUCUGAAAGCAGUAAAAGUUAAUAUCACAAAGUCAAGCAUAGCUUUGCACAUUAUUUAGGCACUAAUGGUGUUGAGCUUAUGUACCAUGAAUGCAAGUUGCUCUUCUUAAAAUAACACUCACUGUUUGCAAGAGAUUCCAAAAAAACGACGGAUGCUGUCAUCUGCUGAAUCAUCAGUAAUGUUGCACUUGCAAAACUCCAAAUUUUUGCAAGUACUGUUGAUUCAUUCAGUGAAACAAUGGAAAUCAGCAGUAAAAUGAUUAACUCAGCUUUUAAUGAAAUGUACUGUCACUUAAAGCAAUUUACUGUUGAGAGAAUUGUCGCCCACAAACUUUUAUUAACUUCACAUGGUUGUCAUUUAUUAGAAAACCCACGUGAAACAUGGGCAAAAACUCUGUAUAGUUUUCCUAGCCUUCCAUAUUUCAGCCUUCUUUUUGUUUAAAUUGGUAGUCUGUGGUCUUUUAAUUCAUCACAAAAAGCACAAGCACAUGUGUUAGCUCAGAUCUAAAGUGAAUUUUGUGACUGUUUUAACAGAUAUGCUAGGAAAAUCAAACAGCACAGCAUUGUCAUCGUUGCCAUUGUUCGUUUUGCUUGAACUUCCCUACUGAACGCAGCUUUCAAUGGAAAUGCCCUUCACCUUGGUUCGUGGUCCUCUGGUGCUUCAUAGGCUUCCAAAGAAACAGGCCUUGACCAGUUCGAGAACGCACACCACCCACAACAUUGAGUCUGGUUUUCCAUCCAGACGGCACUGUCUCUGUCUCACGCCCAUCAAAGCUACAGAAAUGCUCCCCUUUACAUCCUGUAUGUUAAACGCAGGAUAUAUUGGUUUCACAUUCUUUCAUUUAUACAUGGCUUCUCAUUAUAUCUGACUCAAUGGCAGCUUUAGCACUAUCGUGUCAGUCGAAGACGAAAUGGCCUGUGUGGCAUCUGCAUUUGCUGUCAAUGCUGUAAUUGUUCUUCCUUGUGUUACAUGCUGUUUCCGGCUCUGAGCAACAGAGCCUCUGGGUUCCUGUUUGUUCCUGAGUGCAUGUGGAAAAGAGUUUAUGAGCACUUGUAGAAAAAUAAUAAAACUGCUAGAAGUUAUAAAAAGACUUUUGAAACAGGGAAUACAUUUUUUUUUUUCUUUCUUUUUUGGAACAUGUUAUGUAAAAGAGACAUUGACCAAUGAGCGUUACGAAACUAACUUAAAACUGGGGAUAAAAUAGAGAUGAAGAUUUUCUGUUGUAAAUAUUUUGUGAAAUGAAAAAGAAAGACAUGUAAUUUGAAAAGAACCUGGUUCAAAAUAAAUGCUAAUUUCAAAAAUG